AUGACUUUUACGGAUAAACCAUUACCAUUUUCAAUUGAUGAUAUUCUUAAAUAUGAAAAAUCAAAAACAUCAAUUUAUCCAACAUUUAUACAACGAUCUUAUCAACUUCCAUCAUUAUUAUCAACAUCCUAUCUUUCAUUUUCAACAUCGAAUAAACAUUCAUGUUCUGAACAUCGAUCAACACAUUGUAAUUCAAAUUUACAUAAUUGUCAUUUAUCAACAUUACAAUUAAAUUCAACAUAUCCUAAUUUGGAUACAUUUAUUCAUCAUCGACGUUGUCGACGAACACGAACAGUUUUUUCUGAUGCUCAACUACUUGGUCUUGAAAAACGUUUUGAAACACAAAAAUAUCUAUCAACACCAGAUCGUAUUGAACUUGCUGAUAUGUUACAUUUAUCUCAAUUACAAGUUAAAACUUGGUAUCAAAAUCGUCGAAUGAAAUGGAAAAAGCAAGUAUUACAACAAGGAUGUAAAGAAGCACCAACAAAACCAAAAGGUCGUCCUAAAAAAAAUUCGAUACCAUCUUAUGCAGAAUUACAAAGAAUUGAAAAUGAAAAACAAAUAACUACUUUAACGGUCUCAUCUUCAUGUACAUCAGAUGAUGAUGAAAAUACAUCUCAAUCAAUGCAUUAUACGGAUGAUGACGAUAUUGAUGAAGAUCAAUUUAUUGAUAUUGAACAAUGA